UGGAGUCCUGCCUCCCUUCCCGUGCCUUUCGGGGGCAGCUGGCGCGUCCCAGUGCUGUGCCUGCUGUCUCAGCAGAAUUCUUUUCAGUUUGUUUAUUUGUUCCCACUUGUUUCCAAAAAGGAGUUCAGGCCUGGGUUUUCAGGCCUGUUUGCUAAGGAAGAGCCGGUUCUUGGAGCCCCGCCAAGGCCCGCUGCCUGGAUGGAGGUAGCUUCCACGUGACAUGUUUGGGUGGAAACUCCUGAGGGGAGAACCUGCAGAAUCUGGGGCACCUGACACCCGGUGCUUCUCGGACCCUCCGCCUGUGUGGCCAGGCUUGGGCCCUGGCUGCCUCCCAGGUGACCUCCAUCUCUGCCCCACCAGCCUGGCCUUGAUGAGUCAUAUUGGAGUCCCCAGGGGGCCAUGGGUGUCCCUGACACUGCCUGGGCCAUGCUGGCUCCUACCCUUCACACUGGGGACACAGGCCAGUGGCAAGCCACAGCUCCUGAUCAGCUCUCAUGUCUCAGGCAGGGUCGCCAGUGGCAAUGUCAGCUGGGGACAUCCAUGUGGCAGGGGAGGGUGGUUGGGGACUGUAGGGCCGGCCACUCCUCGAUUGCUGGACUGGACCUGGCUCCCUCUGCUCAGAGCCUGCUUCCCCUCUGCCUUCCCACUGUCCUCGGGGAUUCCCGGGGUGGAAGACACAGGAUCUGCUGGCACAGGCCAGGGGCUCAACUCUCAUCCUGGCGAUUUGGGAAGCUGAGGCAGGAGGACUGCUUUUGCCGAGGGGUCCAAGACCAGCCCAGGAAAAGUAGGGAGACCCCCAUCUCUAUGUAAAAUUGUUUAGCAUCUGACGCCAUGGCUGUUUUUUAUUUGGCAGAGGGAGGGGGGAGGAUGGUGUCUCACUCUGGCUGGAGUGCAGUGGCUCAAUCUUGGCUCACUGCAGCCUCUGGCUCCCAGAUUCAAGCAAUUCUGCCUCAGCCUCCUGAGUAGCUGGGAGUACAGGUGCACACCACCAUGCCCAGCUAAUUUUUGUAUUUUUAGUAGAGACAGGGUUUUACCAUGUUGGCCAGACUGGUCUCGAACUCCUGACCUCAAGUGACCUGCCCACCUCAGCCUCCCAAAGUGCUGGGGCUCCCAGCCCCAGCUGGGCACCUGGCUGCUGUUUGUUUUCAAUGAACAUGUAUUCUCUUCGGGCCAAGAGGAAGCUGCUGUUCUGCGGCUGGGGUGGCAGCCUCACAGGGUCCUGGCAGAACAGCUCCCAGUUGGCCUGGAAGAUGGCAGAUGGGGUGGGCAGGAACAGCCCACAGCAGAGCAGUGGGGCUCCAGGACUGGCUCCGCUCCCACCCCACAGGCAGGCACGGGCCGGGAGGACAUGUCAGGUCUCCUCCUUCUUCACUGGGACCCAGGCCUGCAGGAAGCCCCUCACCACGCCCACAGGGGCCAGCUGCGUCUACCACCUGAGACCUCCACACCAGCUGAGGGUCCCAGCAGGGUUCAGAACCUGGGGCCGUCAGCCAGGCCUGCCUCCCGUGUUCCCCAAGCCACAGACCCGAGGGCCUCAGGGUGGGAGAAGAUGCAGGGAGCCCCACCACCCGCUCAGCAUCGCCCGUGGCCAAGGGACCACACUGAGCUGGCCAGCCCCGCUGGGGAGGGGGUUGGGGGUCAGCAGCCCCCAAGGCCCCGGGCCCAGAACCUGGCAUGAGAGAAAGUACACACCCUUUCCGUGUGCGUGGCCAGCCCCCAUCCCUGCUGCAGCCCGGUACCCAGGGAGGAGAGGCUCUGCAGGCUGCCACAGGCUGGACAGUGGGCCCUGCUGUCUCCAGGUAGAGGGGCUGUGACAAUCCAUGAACCCUGUGUCACCAGGACUGUCACUGAGGACGGAGGUGCCCCCAUGUCUGUUUCAUGUUAAACACCCUGGAAAACAGCAGGCUGAAGGUCUCUGACUCCUGCACAGGAGCGGGCUCUGCUGGCAGCCCAGCCCAUUCCCCAGGGCGGGAUCCCACAGCCAACCACUUCCCCUGGGCUUCCCCACUGCCUAUGGCUCCCCGCAAGCCCCGAGCCCCCUAGGAAGGCCUUGAUAACAGGGCUCAGGGCCGCCCGUGUGAGCUGCUCCCCUGGAAGGUGGGAUGGCAGCCCUCAGCUCCUCCUGGACCACCCCAAGGUGGGAGACCUAGUCACACGCCUCAGAACAGUGCCAGCUCUAGCAGGCACGCCUCACAAGGAAGGCUGCUCUUGUUUUAGAAAACACGGAAAGUGUGCAAAGGAAUUCUACCUGGGAGAAGACCCUGGAGACUACACUGACCGUGAGAAGUGACCAUUGCCCCGGGUGGGAGCCAGGUGGCUCAGAUGGGGGCUUGGCAUGGGCUAGUUGUUGAUGUAAAUGUGACUUGACAAGAAGGUUCUGGAAGGGGCAGUGAGGCAGGGUGGGGCAGGAAUGAGGAGAUGACACCCCUUGGCCAUCAGGUGUACAGGGUGUGGGACAGGCUCUGGGUGAUGGAGGCAGCAAGGCAACGGAGGGAGGUGAGCAGGACCCCGAGGAAGGGACAGACGUGGGAAGAUGCCCCUGUGAACCUGCCCCAGGGGCCGAAUGCUCCCCCCGGCAAUUGGGGUAGGGGAGGUCCUACUGGGCUGGGUGGGAGACGGCAGCAGAGCUUCUGGGUUCCCAGGUCACCAUCAGGUGCGACCCCAGAGCCAGCAGGCCCCGUCCUGCCCCUGCUCCUCCUACAAGGUGAGCCAGCUCUGCACCUGCUCUUCAGUGGCUUCUCGCCUGUGCCCAGCCAGCCAGCAGGGCUCCUUGGCUUGGGGGAGGGGCCUUCCCUUGGAGAGAGCUUGGUGAGAGUAGAGCCUGUCCCCAUCCUCAGAAUCUCAGGCUAGCACCCGGCCGCCAGGGAGGUUGGGAAGUAGGGGAAGGUGCCCAGAGGCAGACAUCACAGACCCAGGGCAGCAGCUGGGCCCUGGAAGGUCCAGAUGGAGCUCAAGGACCCCCUGAGGCCCAACUGAAUGGCAGACUUGAGGUCGAGUGUGGCCGCUGUGGACUGGCAUCCUGCACCCAGAAGGAGGAAGAGGGGUGGCAGCUGGAGCCUCCGCCCUGUGCUGAUCCUGCCCAGCCCUAGCCCCUUCUGGAACCUGCAUGUGGAGCUAAGCCAGUGCGGCAUGGGCCUCCCCAGGGCACAGGGGGUGUGGGCAGCGUGGGCCUCCCCAGGGCACAGGGGGCGUGGGCAGGAUGCCAGAUGCUGUAUCGGCCCUUGACCCCUUGACUCAGGCACGGCCAGCUCAGCACUGGAGGGUGUGUGGGAGCCAGACUGAGUCAGCCACGGGCGGCAGCUGCUCUGUCUUCCAAGACUCGGCCUGGGCCAAGUUCCCCCAGGCCCACCCGAGUCCCGGUGCCUGUGGCCAGGCGCAGGGAAUGGGACAUCUUCUAGCCUGGCCAUUACCAAGGCUGACUGGGAGAGCUGUCUCCUCCUGGCUUGCUGAUGGAAGCCUCCAGAAAGACCCUGCAUAUCAGGCCAGGCCCCACCAGCCAGGGUUUUGGAGCCUCCCAGCCCAGAGUAGCGCCAGCCCAGAGUAGCCCCCCACUCUCCACCUAAGAACCCGGAGGCCAAGCCAGUGGUCACCCUGAGACCAGCUGUAGUCCCCACACCAGACCCCAGACUCCCUGGAAGCCGGGACCUACAGGGGUCAGGCAGCCACUCCUUAGCCCCAGGCAGCCCCAAGCAGGAGGAAGGAGUGGAGUGGGGCGGUUACAGAGGCAGGUGCCAGUUUCGAGGGCUGGCAUCUGAAUGGCUGCAGCAGUGGGGGAAAGAGAGCGGAAGGGACCAGAACACAGGGGCUUUGUGGCCUGGAGGUCUGCACUCACUCCAGAUGGCAAAGGAGGACCCAGGAUGGCCAAGCAGGGUGGGGGCUCCACAGCAUGCCCACAUUGGCCUCUGGACAUGUGAGGGCAGGAGAGAGGCUCAUGGCCUGGCCCAGAGCAGCUCCAGGGUGAAGAGAGGGGGCUGGAGGGAGAUGUUUGCAGAAAGCAGGAACAAGGGGCAGACGCCUCAAGAGGGCUCGGUGCCGGGCGUGUGCCGAGUGCCCUCCCAGGACUGGUCUGCGUCACCCCCUCCACCAUCCCCACACUCGGGCAGGGCCCACCAUGAGCAAAGUGAAGAGGGUGUGAGGGCUCCUGGUAUUCGUGGCUCCAGCAGCUGGUGGGCAAACACGCUGGGGCUGGGGGGCCUGGGGAGGAGAGGAUGCAGCCCAAGGGAGCCCACGUCCUCCUCUGCCCUCCCCUCAGCCUCCAGCCACAGGCCUCAUCCCAGAUUCCGGUUAAACCGCCCUGACAGCCACCCCAUGCCCGACCCAAACCACAUCUUUGCAUCACUUUAGACACCAGGCAGCAGGGAGGCGGCGGGGAGGAGGCAGCAGGGAGGAGGCAUCAUUCCAGGGGUAGGACUGUGGAACUUUUAGGUGGCAGGUGCGAUGGUGGGAUGGGCCCCAGCAGCUCAGGGGAGGGAGCUGGCUUCGGGCACUCUCGCUUUCCCCGAGUCAUGGCUCUGGAGAUAGCGCUGCUCCUGCUGCUAGCCCUUGGCCUGGGCCUCGCAGGUGCCCAGAAGGCUCUGGAAGAAGUGCCUGUACAGCAGGGCUUUGAUGCACACAAGGUGGAGGGGCGCUGGCUCACCCUGCAACUGGCAGCCAGCCGUGCAGAACUGGUUUCCCCAUCCGACCCCCUGAGGCUUGCCCUGCACUCCAUCCAGACCAGUGACAGUGGGGACGUGGACUUCAUACUGUUCUGGAAGGGAGAAGGGGUGUGUCAAGAAGAAAGCAUCACCGUCCAUCCCACGCAGCUGCAAGGCCAGUACCAAGGCUCCUUUGAGGGGAGCAGCAUGCACGUCCACUUCGUCAGCACCGACUACAGCAACCUCAUCCUUUACGUGCGCUUUGAGGAUGACGAGGUCACCAGCCUGUGGGUGCUGCUGGCGAGAAGAAUGCUGGAGGACCCCACAUGGCUGGGAAGAUACCUGGAGUACGUGGAGAAAUUCCACCUGCACAGAGCCCCGAUCUUCAACAUAGAUGGUGAGCACUGCCCCAGCCACGUCCUGGAGCGGGACGGGAGGAGGGCGCGACGGUCUGGGGCCUCGUCUUCCCAGCCAGCACCACGGAGGGUGAAGCCAAUCCCCACGCCCCUAAUGCAGGCCUGUGCCGGCUACUGAGGAGCUACUGGAGCUCACCAGCCCUAUGUGACACAAUGACAUGGGCCCAGUGCUGUCUCCACUCUACAGAUGUGGCUCAGAGACGUUCAGUAGCAAGGCCAAGUUGCACAGCCAGGAGAAGCUGGAAGGCAUCCAGAUCUCCUGCCUCCUGAACCAAGCACCCAGUCAGCCUCUCUCCUCUGCUGCCUCCCAGUGCACCAUUCAGUCAAUCAACAAACAUAUGGCCCGGGCCUGUUCUGGGAGUCUGGGAUUCACUUAGAACAAGACACACACAUUAUCCGGCCCAGUGCAGGUUACACUGUAGCAAGCAUUGUAAUUACCUGAUUUGUUAGAGACAAGGGCUACUGGCAUGGGAGUGUGGGCUGGAGCAGGGUUUGGGGAGCGUGGCCAGGCUGUGUGAGCAUGGGCAGCCAGGCUGUGUGAGCAUGGGCAGCCAGGAUGUGCGUCCCUGAGAUGAGAUGGAGGAGGAAGGCUGCCUGGAAGAGGGGUCAUACAGCUGGAACAGGAGCCGAGCAGAGGAGGGCAGAGAUGAGCUCCCAGGCGACUGGGGCCUUGUGGUCCUCUAAGGGGACUGGAUUUCCACAGAGCACAGGGCCCUGGCAGGACCGUUAACAUGGGGAGACGGAGGCCAGGUGAUGCCAGUGAGGGACGGCUGUUGUGUGCUAUGUGAUUGAUUGAUUUCAAAAUGAGUGAAGUCCUCAGAAUCACCACCUUUUCCUCUUCUGCUCCACAGGCCCCUGUGCCCCACCCCGAGCCUAGGUCAGGUGGCUCCGGAGUCUUUCUGCCUGGACCCCUUAUCCCUCUGUUGCCCUCAGCCUGCCUUCCACCCCUCCUUCACUUUGGCUUGUGGCCUGGACUGCCCAGGUGCCCCUGGGAAGCCCUUUUGCACUUCAGGGACCCAAGGAAGCUCCCCAGCCUGGAGCCCAAGCCUGCUUCUCCCCUGCUGGGAAGUCCUCUUCCCUCUGUGGGUCUCCAGGUCCUGCCAACCACCUGCCAACCAACAGUCAAGGGCCAGCAGUGUGCCACAGCCUGGCCUGUGGGCUUGGAGCAUACCAAGGGUGGCGAGGAGGGGGCGCAUGGCUCCUGAGCUCCUGCCCACAGUGCCCAGAUGCCUCCAAAACAUCCACAAUGAGUGGAGCCCUGGGGUCCCAGGCACCUCCGGUGCAGCCCCUGAGGGCUACUGUGGUCACCCUCAAGUGUCCUUCAGGAACAUGACCCCACGGAGGCUGUUCUCAGACUCUAGCUCCCCUCCACUGUGACCCACCCCACCUGCGUCUGCUGGGGGCUCUCUAGCAAGGCGGCCUCCCUGCUUCAUGAGCAAAUGCCUGUGUCCCCACUGAGGUCCGAGAGCCCUGAGUGAGCCCAGCUCCAGACCCUGCUCCCCACAGGAGCCCAACAGGGCUGUCAGGUAAACACAGAUGGCUGUACCUGUGCGGCAGGUGAGACUGGCCCACGCCCACUCCUCGGAGCCCAGGAUUCCAAAGGGCGGCCCCUGCUUCUGCUCCCGGAGAGCCAGGGCCACCCAUGGGCAGGGCACGCUCUGAGGAAAUUAGGUCAAGGACAUGAUACUUGUCAUCUGGAAUUCCCAAGACAGGUAUGUCCAGAAGCCGUCCCGGAAAACACCUCCAGUGAGGCCUUCUCCUUCUCCCCCUUCUCCCCACAAUGAAAUGAAACCCAGAGCUGGUGCCAGAGCUGAUGGUGAAGCCCCAAGGUUCUCCUGCACACCCACAAGCCCGGCUGGAAAAACAGAAGGAAAAAUGACGAUCGCAAAGCACACGGCGCACGUCUAACAAGGGGCUUACAGAGUCUGUAAGAUCAUUUAAAAAAUCACCUUUUCUGGGGCAUUAAAGUGACCAGAAUAAAUAUCAAUGUGAGAGCUCUGGGUAUCUCUCAACAUCAUAGAGUUAAUAACCUCAAGCUCACCUGUACACUACAGCAAUUCAGUUAAUCUUCCAGUGGGAUUGUCCCCCAAACUGCAGAUCCGAAUCUAUAAUUCACAUGAAGGAAUAAAAGUUUGGGAACAAUUUUAAAGGCAGAGUCAUGCAGAUGGAUGUACCUCCCCACCCUAAUGUAAAAUGACAGUGGUGAGAAGCAUGUGGCAUAUUAGCUCAAGGCAGAAGAGCAGCAACGAGACUGGGUGUCAAGUCAAGAAACGAACAUGGUUACAUACAACAGCUUCAUAGACGGUACAAAUGGCCUGUCCAGAAAAGCAUUAUUUAUUCAAUAAAUAGUGUUGAGGGAAAUGGGCAAGACAGAUGGGGGGAAAUCAGAUUAGAUCUCUCCCCCUACACAUUGUCUUAAAAUUAGUCCCUGAUCAACUCUGAAUAAAAGGAAGCCUGGAAACGUC